AUGAUCCGGAGCCUGCACCAUGGAGCUGGUGGUUCGCACUCACCGUGUUUGCGACAGCGGGCUCACCUGGAUUCCGUGAAUUUGCUCCCAAACGCGGUCAGGACGCCUCCGAGGCUGAUACGCCACACGGACGCUGGCAUUCUUCCAGGAAAUGUGGGUCCCGCAUCUCUACUCGAUCUCUUUUUAGUGACGCCCGUUAUCGACAUGUCCGACCCGAGCGCUUGCCACCGCGUCGACAUCCUCGCGGGAUGUCACCUCUCACCUUCAUUUAUCAACGCAUCGCGCCGCGCCAAUCACCUCUGCGCAGCGAAUGUCACCAACGAUUCGACAGCGGACGACGAGCGACCGCGUCCGCUUGGCACAAAAUGGCGCUCGCAGGGCGUGUUCUCAUCAAAACGCAGCCUCACAUGGUACUGA